AUGGCCACCGCAAAGACGCCCGCGCAACAGGCGCCACCAACAAUUCAAAAUAAUACUGGCCGAAUCAAGUACGCCGACCCUCGCAGUUUACCAAGCUUCCCUUCGUCGGGGCUAGCCUCCGACGGUGCUGCAGCCAGCGCCGCUGCGUCGCUUGGCUGGUCGAACCAGAAGCCCAUAGAUCUGUGGAAGCCUGAUCCAUCUUCUUCAGCAUCUGCCGCCGCUGUGCUUGCCAAAGACUACAAAAUGUCGCCGCAAUGGGAACCGACAGCACAGUCAGACGGCCACAAGGCUGCGCUUCUUGCUGUUGGCUCUGCUGGCGCCGCCCUCAAGAAAACCAAUACCUCCAAGUCUAGCACUUCUCAAAACACAUGGGGCAACUCUGCUGCGAAUCAAGCUUUCCAUGCCAACAGGCCCGCCUCUGCAGAACCAGUAAGCUUGGCGCACGGUAGCUCAGCUGCUACACAAGCCUUCAAGGAGAAUAGAUCUCAGUCCAUGAAGAAGCCUCACCGGCCCCAGACACCUCCAGGAGACAAGUCUCUCGUAGCUGCCAAGGGAGCCAUGAAACGUCCAAUCUCAUCCACGGGGCUGGGUGAUGUUCAAGCAUCCGAAGCCAGUGCUGCCGCCAGUGCGCUCAACGGCGCUACCUUGGCUCACCGCCAGUCCAUGAAGGCAAAGCCGGGACACGAAGUCGGUUCCGUUUCUGUUACGACGAUGACUCGAAAUAUGUUUACUUCCAAUCCACCCGUCAAACCUGAGGUCGACGAGCGCACUUACAAUGAAAAGAUCCAUCAAUCCGCAGUCGAAAUGGCCAAGAAGAUGUAUGCCAGACAGCAAAUCAUGGGCGAUCAAGCCAAAGACGGACAAGAACAAGACUCUGGGCCAUCUCAGCCCAAUCAAUAUGUCAACCUUCAAGAUGCAGCCUAUAAACAGGCCCAGGCACGCCUUGCUAAGCUUCACGAUGAGUACCAGCAAAGCCGAGAAUACCAAGAGUACUAUGGCAACGAGAAGACCAGCCCGAAACACAGAUUCUCUGUGUCUAAUAAGCUGCGACGCCGAGGUUCGGACAGCGAUGAUGAUUUGGAUGACCGAAAGCAAUCAGAAAAGAUUCGCGAGCAAAUGUCCAUGUUCUCCAGCAAGCUAUCGCAGGUAGACAAGGACAAGAGAGAAAAAGACCGUGAGGCACUUCUUGCUGCAGCACAGCGCAACGUCAAGGCCCGGCUGCAUGGCAUGGACGAGAAGGUGUACCAAGAGACAGGCAGAGCUAACCCCAGCUUGAUCACUGACUGGGAAGCCAAGGCCCAAAAGGCUGCUCAGACGCGACACGAGUCCCGAACGGAGCAUAAGGGCAAGAUAGAUAUUGGAGGCGGCAUGUUUAUGACACAAGAAGAGAUUGACGCCAUUGCCUCAAAGAAGAUUAAGCCGGUGCUUGACGAUAUCAACGACAAGGCCGAGACUGAGCGUGAGAGACAGGAGGUGCUUAAAUUGGAGGAGCAGGCAAGACGCGAGCAGGCCGAGAAGGAGAAGGUUCGAGAUCGCGAGGCUAAGGAAAUUGCCAAGAAAACCAAAGAAGAGGAAAGACAAGAGGAAAAGGCUAAAAAGCUGCAAGAAAAAAUGGAUGAAAAGGCUCGAAAGGAAGAGGAGAAGGCCAAGAGGGACGAAGAGAAGGCUGCCAAGGCUGAACAGAAGCGUCAGGCCAAGGAGGGGAAGCGAAAAUCGAAGCAUGGACCAGCUGCAGUUGCAGCUCCCACAUCUCACCAGGAAGAGGAUGCAGCGGUAACGGACGACAAUCAGAUCACCCACGAGGAGGAAACUCGCGGCGAAUCUGCAGAAGAACCCGGCCGUAGUGCCAGCGUCGCCAUGGCCGACAACAACACCGUUGAAGCGUCAGGAGCAUCGCAGCACAAGGUUGAAGGGUCAACUUCACCCACGUCAAAGGUCAAAGGAUGGAUCAAGAAUCGAUUCUCUCGCGGCAAGUCGAUUGGCGAGCAGGAUAAAAAGAGGAGGAGCUUCUUUGGCGGUGCCUCUAUGAAGGACCACACCGGCAACGGUAGUGCGGCCAGCAUAGAGAAUAGGUCUACUAGCAUGCAUGACGUUGCGAUGGCUGGCAAGACUGGCGAGGAGGGUGAGGCAGCCAAGCGCGAUGCAGCCAAAGAGACUGUCCACAACGAUGCAGAGAGAGAUUCUCAAGGUGUGAGUCCUGUCAGUACUCCACUGGAGGAGGAGAGGGAACUUGGUGAUCACAUGGAAAGCAAAAAAGAUGAUGCUGAGGAAGAGGAACGACCGAGCCGCAAAGCCAGCCUUGAUCCUCCUCGUCCUAUUGCAGAUCCCGUCAUCCGCACCAGCAGCAGCCCAACUCGUGACUCCCGGUUCCGGGAGGAAAUGGACCGAUGA